CGCACUGAUGUCACGUGAUCGCCCCCGGAAGCGCUGCCGGCUGGCUAGGCUCUGGUUGAGCUUGGGGUGCAGGGGAGUUUCGGAACUAUGGCGAAGUCCGGGAAGGAGCUGGAUCCCCAGAGCGUGGCUGCAUGCACGGUGUUAAAGCGGGCGGUAGAACUAGACUCGGAGUCCCGGUACCAGCAGGCUCUGGUGUGUUACCAGGAGGGGAUAGACCUGCUCAUGCAGGUUCUCAGAGGUACCAAAGAUGAUAUAAAGAAAUGUAAUCUCAGAAAACAAAUUACUGGCUACAUGGAUAGAGCAGAAAUAGUGAAGAAAUACUUGGAUCAAGAAAAAGAAGAUGGAAAAUAUCACAAGCAGAUUAAAAUAGAAGAGAAUGCAACAGGUUUCAGUUAUGAGUCACUUUUUCAAAAAUACCUUAAUGAAACAGUUACAGAAGUUUGGAUACAAGAUCCUUAUAUUAGACAGAUUCAUCAGCUAUAUAACUUUCUUCGAUUUUGUGAGAUGCUUAUUAAGAAACCAUGUAAAGUAAAAACUAUUCAUCUUCUCACCUCUCCGAAUGAAGGGAGUGGGAAACAGCAGCAAAGUAGUGGCCUGCAAGAAAUAAAAGAGUCACUCCAGAAUCACGGAGUGCUGUUGGAAUUAGAAUAUUCUUCUUCAGUACAUGACCGAGAAAUUAGGUUUAACAAUGGAUGGAUGAUUAAGAUUGGAAGAGGACUUGAUUAUUUUAAGAAACCACAGUUUUCAGGUUCAGGUGCUGAUAAUGCUGAACCUGAAAAGACUCAAGCCAGUUUGCCAAGCUUUAUUAUAUGGAAAUUCAGGGUCUCAGGAGAGCAAGUGUUGUUGGACCUAAUCAGAAGUUACUUUCUGCAAAGUAUCGUAGAUUAUUUUGCCAGGUACCUAUCAGCAUGUGGAAGCAGAGUGGCUUUUCAUUCAGGUGAAAUUCAAAACUGGCCUCCGUACACUCAGGGCAAGGAGAGACUGAAGAAAGAGGCAGACCACUUGGUAGAUGGGGUUUAAUAAGCAACGGAACUUAACAUAUGAGGCUUGUCUUGGGUGGCUACAAGAUAAGUAAUCUCCGCACAUGCCUGCAGAAUCUCAAGAGUUCAUGGAGGCCUUGAUGGGAUUCAAGUCACAUAUACAAUCCAGAUAGUCUCAGUAACAAAGUACUCUCUCAAGACUGAGUCCUUGAAGUGGCUCCUGAUGUGGGAGCAGUGGGCAGAACACACAUUCUAAGGACAGGGGAGGGUGUAAAGAGACUUCAAUUGCCCAUAUCCAGUGCAAGGGUCAACUGGCAGUCACAUCCUCUUGAUGACCUCUCCAGCAGGU